CAACAUACUCAAGUUCAGGUCUGAUGGCUUCUCUGAGUCUACGACUCUGAUGCCUGCUUGUCAGCAGAAACGAGCGCCAUGGCCAAAGCGCAGCGAGACGUGGUGGAGAUGGACAUCGAAGAAGUGAUGGGCCUCAUCGCACCUCAGAAGAAGCCAGCUGUACCAAGUCAGGCUGCCGUUCCGGCAAGCUUGCAUUCGCCGUCAGAUUCUACCCGGAGAAAUCAGCAGACUCCGACCGGUGGAGCUCCUCCAUCUCAUCGUGGCGAGGGUUCGGUACCCUUUGCAGGCCCAGGGGGGACAAGUACUCAGUCAUAUUCGGAAACAGGCACCAAAGAAAUGCAGAGCAACGCAAUGGAGGAGGACGAUCUGUACGAUCCUUUGGCAGGGGAUGAGUCGCCGUCUCCUUCAGUAAAGCAGGAACUAUUUGAGCAGGCAAAGCAAUUGGGGGCCGCAAGUGAGGGUCUAUCGGUUUCAAAAGGAACGUCUGAUGAUGGUACUUUACAAAAGGUGGUGCCACUUCCAGGGGUCAAAGAAUCUGCAGAACAAGCAAGCGAGGCGUCUCAAUCAGGAAAAGACCAUCUUGGUGCAAUGCAGCGCGCUCGAAAUCCUCCAAAAGCGGCGCCCUUAGCAGGUUUGUUGGAACAGUACGAUGACGAAGAGAGCGAGGGGGAGGAAGAGGGUGGUGUAAGCAUAGAGGAGGGGGGAAGGGGCCCUACGGUAGAGAGAGGAGAUGCGAAACGAGGGACGAAGAGCAUGGAGCUCAAAGAAGCAUUGCAGUUUGUCUCAGAAGUGAGGGAGCCGCCUCUGGAUGACAUGCAGGAGGCGGGUGUGGAAAGCAGAGAAGGCGGAGAGGAGGCUGCAGAGGAGAGAAUGGAGACGCAGGCAGACAUGCGCGGUGGCAAAGAGAGGGCUGAGAGAGGUGGUUUAGAGAGGGACGAAAAUUUGGAUUCAGGGAGGCAGAGAGACGGCGGAGAGGCGAGCACUAGGCAUUCUGAGCAUGGCGAGAGAUACGGUCCCAAGGAUCGUGGGGGCGGCCAGGACCGACGGCGCGACAAUUGGCGGGGCAGCGAGAGGUCGAGGCACCCGGAUGACCCCAGGAGUGAGAGGGAUCCCCCACGGGAUGUUAGAUUCAGUGAGCCAAGAGGUCACCGGCAGAGCAGGGGCCACUUUGAGAGAGCUGAAGACAACGCCCGUGGUGGAAGAUUCGGCGGAGAACGGGACCGGGGUGAUCGAAGAAGAGACGAUGCUUCGUUCCGGGGGGGAAACAAAGAUAUGCGGGACCGGGGCAGAGAAUCGGAGUUCAGAAAUGGGCCGAGGACGGAGCGAAGAGGGGAGGGUCGGGACCGAGAGCCUCCGAGCAGGCACAGCGACUCUCGACACAGGAUGCGUCCACGAUCUCCGGCGAUUGACGACCGCCGGGAAAAGCCUCCUGCGGGGCCUAGUCACAAGCCCCCCCGGAAAGCUGACUCUCGACCCGAUUCCAAACCCGCUGCCAAAGCAGACCAAAAGCACGGUCCAGCCGCCAAGGAAGGCAGCACGGGCGCCGAUGUGGAUCUGAGUGCGGCAGUGGCAGCGGCUGCGGCGGCGGCGGCGAAAAGUGCGAAAUUGGCGGCCAGCAGGGCGCCCCCCCCUCCGGCCGAUCCUGCGGAGGCUGCCGCGAAAGCGGCAGAGAUGGUGAACAAGACGCUGAUGAUCCAGAACGCAGUGCUACAGCAGAAACGGAAGAUGCUCUGGGGCGAUAAGGCAGCAACAACCGAAGAGGCGGCCACAGGAGGGACCAAUCGGUGGGACGCUGUGGCAGUGGGCGACACCGAGCGUACGCACAAGUUCCAGAAGCUCAUGGGCCUCAAGGGCGCAGCUCCGCUAUCCCCGCCGAAAACGGGGGAGGUGCCAGCUGUCGUGCCAGCUGUCAUGACCGCGGAGAAGCAGCAGCAAGUGCAAGCGGAGCUAGAGCGACAGUACGCAGCGGGGCUGAGGCGAAGGGACGGGCGCACCGUUGGGCUCGGCUUGUAGAAGCCUGGUGAUAAACUGCGGGAGCUUGAUGCGGUUAGUUGUGACGGAAAGUGGAAGAGAGGCGGUGUGUGGAUAAGAUCAUGCAUGUCCAGUCAAGCCAUACUUGUUAGUCAAAGCAGCUUGCGGUAUACAUGUAGAAUCGAACGAGAUGGACCAAGGGCCCGUGAUAGCAAGAGCUUCCAUUCAGUUGAAGAGAAAGAGGAGGAUCUCUUUCAAGUCAGAUAAGGUCGAUCAGCUAAAACAAAGCAUCUGGGAUCUGUAUCGUGGUCAAGCACCAAGUACUGCUGCGGUAAUUGUACCUUCAUUGCAUGUUACACGCGAG